AUGGUCUCCGCUUCUGGCUUCGUCCGUACACAACGUAACUACAGUGGAUCAUCAGUAUCGCAUCUCCAUUCGAACUUGUCCCGGCGCUCCAUGAUACUCAUCGGGGAAUGUGAGCAUGAAUUCUACGAUCCUGUGGUUGUUCCUGCGUCCCAUCUAGAAGAUCAAAGCCUCUUCUCACGUCCAGUGCAGGCCGCGUUGAGAUUCUCGAACGGCCACGCUCCUAUUUCUUCGUACAUGAUGGCCGAAUCACCAUUAAAAUUUCAGCAGUACACAAGUGUUGAUACUAUUGAGAAAGGCACAACUCAAGGUCUAUAUGAGCUAGCCAGCUGCCCAUGGGCGUGUUUAGUAGGCACAGGCAUUAUAAGCGAGGAUAUCCAUCGUAACGAGACAGGGGAAAUUGAGAGAGCCAAGCACGGAAUGUGCAAGAGUUUACUCGGUACAAAUUGCUCAAACAAUGCAAUCCGUUUAAGCAAUGAAACCUCACGAAAACAAGGGUUCUACAAGGACAUGCAAGAGAUGCCAGCACCCAAUGGCCAACCUCGUGCAUUGCCGAGCCGCGUGAGACGAGGGGACGAGGGGUCGAAGCACGGUCCGAUCUUGGUCCGACCCUGGCUCUUACGAGAUUCGUUGAAGACGCUCAGCAUGACAUGCAUUGGAGAAAGGACGGAUCCACAGGGCUGUUAUUACGAUCUCGGUUCUCGACGUGCCUGUGCUCUGCGUCGAUGACGAGCAGCAGUUCUAGGAUACAUGGCUAGGAUACAUCCACUGUGGAUGCAUCAUGCACCGCGGGAAACCAGUCUCAAAACAGCCGAAUAUCCCCCCUGUGAUCGACUUAGCUCCCGCAGCAGCUGCCCCUCCCUUUUCAGCCACGUUCCUGGUCGGCGAGGCGUAAGCAUUUAAUAUGGACGCGGUAUGCGAGGUUUCUUGCAUAGUGCAAUCGAGUGUGGGAGGGUUUGGGGGAGGAGGACUAGGGAGGUGGCAUGGAAGGGUCUGGAGUUGAUGGUCGGUAUGUAUGGCUUCCUGGAUGGCUUCCUGGAUGGCUUCUUGGAUGGCCUCCUCGAUGGCCAUGACGUCUUAAAGGGGCAAUGUAAUUAGAGAGGCGUAUUCUCCGUAUUUGUCUCGUCAUGGUCCAGUGAUUGACAACAACGGACCUAA